AUGCGGAGGAUCGGCGAAGCACACGGUCGAUGCACGAGCAGGGGCGCAUGCACGCACGGACAGGACGGCAUCGACAGACAGACAGACAGACGCAGACGACUAGAUGAACGUCCUUGGACUUGGACGAAACACACUGCGUGCGUAUCAUCCCUCAAAAGCUCUCGUCCAUACACUCGAGCGACCCUUGACUUACCCCUACUAUCAUUUCCACCCUUUGCAGAGAAACUAGGUCGGUCCACUUCGGGUGCCAACAUGUCUGCCCAAGCCGACUCGCACGUUCACGACGAUGCUGCUUCCACCAGUAUGGUCAAGCCCGCCUUUGAACGUACCGAGAGCCACCUUACCGCUCUCACCGAGAACAGCGACGCCAAUAUGAACCUCGACACUCCACUCACCACUCCUUCGGUCACCGAUCAGCAACUCAGCUUCCUCACCGUCCCACAACAACAGCCUUCCAUCGAGGUCCGCCGCAAUCUCGUCACCCUCAUCGAUGAGCUUUCCGACCAAGACUUUGCCGACUGCGAUCUCGAGUGCUACCUCGAGUUCCUUUCCGACGAACGUCUGCUUCACAUGCCUCGCAAGAACUCGGCUUGGGACAAGGUUCUGCGACAGGCCGAGGAAGUCGGUGCACAGUUGAACCACUUCUCACAGCUAGCUGCCGAUGAGCACUCGCUCAAGACCACGCUCGUCGCAGUACGUCUUUUGCUCGAUGUAGGCCACCACCAGGCCGAGGCGCUCCGUCCGCUGUUUGAGCUUCUCUCCCAGAUCGCACAUCUUCUCAUGCGAUCGCUCCACCAGAGCAGCCCUUACCGUUCCAGCUCGUCCGUCCGCUCGCUGCUGCUGUCUCUCUUCCAACGCUACAUGUCGCUCACCGCCGACCUCACACGCCACGUCCGUAGCCGUAUGAGUCGACUCACUCCCACAACCUCCGAGGCCAUUGAUAUCGGUGCCCUCUUUUCGGCUGCCAUCGACUCGAUCGACGCCGAGGUGGCUCAACUCGACCGCCUCGUUUGGCGCCUAUCCCUCCAGUCUCACAAGCCUUCCCUGGUACCCACCGCUACCAUCCUUGCCGAGCUUUCGCGAAGCGUCGCAUCCAGCCUCAAGUCUCGACUCUUCGCUAGCCUUCAACGUCAGGCCACCGUUGAACCCGAGACGUGCGAGUGGUUCCAGUCGCCUCUGCUCAACUUCCUGAGAAGCCGCGACGAUGUUCUUCAGAUCACCGGAAAGCAAGGCUCCGGAAAGUCGACACUCGCUGUCUGGACUCAGCAACGCCUGCGCAGGACGCUUGGCCGCAAGUCGUACGACGUGCUGCUUGUCGACCAGCAUGAUUCGCACACCGACCUCGAUUUGGCCAGAUCGCUCCUCUUCCAAGUCUGGCAGAAGAGUAUCGGCGACGUCCAGCUUCACUCCGAUCUCGCCGAAGCCCUCAACGGGGACAAGGACGACCAGGAACUCGCUCAAGCAAUGUGGCAUGUUCUACAGCGCGCACUCGAGCGCAACGACUCGACCAACGAAACCGUUCUUCUCGUCGAUGGCCUCAACACGCGUCACGUCGAGGCUUUCCACCACCUCCGCCAGUGUGUUCAACGCAGUCCGCGGGCCCGCAUGGUCACCUUUGGUGGCGCUUUCGCCGACGAUCUCCCUGACUACAAGAUCACCAACGACGUCAAUGCCAGCGACAUGGCCAUCUACCUCCGCCGAGGUCUUGACAAGCGAUCCGUCUCGCACAACGCUACCCUGAUCGAUACUCUCGUACAGCGUGCUAACGGGUCUUUCCUCUGGUCUUACCUCUAUCUUGAGCUUGUUCGGCUCCACGGCGACCACAACGUAAAUUGCACCCAUGACGUCCACGGCUUGCUCCACGAGCAUGCAAAGCAUCUCGGAGACGCUGGUGAGCGUCUCUUGCAGUUUAUGCUCAUCGCCAAGCGCGCACUCUGCUGGAGCGAGCUCGAGGCUCUCAUGCGCCCCGAACAGCUCCAAGCCGCGCGGGCUUCGCCUCAUGCCUCCAUCUUUUUCCAAGAGAUCCGAGGUCACCUCCACUUCCGUCAUGCCACGAUCCGCAGCUUUGCCAGGGAUCACCUCAUCAAGGACGAGAAGGAGGUUCAGAAACGUAUGCUCCGCAAGCUGCUGCUCUCUGUGAGCGGCGACUUUACCGAUGUCGCUAUGCCAUGCCUCGACUUGCUGUCCGGCAAAGAGCUCCAGGCUUCGUUGGACCAGGGCAAGGCGGUCGAGUACACCGUCCUCUUCUGGCGUCACCAUUUCGAGCGCUCUGGACUCGACGCAAAGGACCUGGGCGACUGCUUCCCGCGCUCUACCCAAUUUGCACUCCUCGAAUGGUCCUACUGGAACAAUCACCGCCAUCUAGAGCAUCACACUGCCGGCCUCGACGUUCGCAAAGCCUGCUUCGGCGAAGAUCACCUCUCCGUGAUGCAGGGAUACCUCGCGCUUGCGUGCAUCCACCGUGAUCACCACCAGUUCACGGAAGCUGCCGAGUUCUUCUACCGGGCCUGCAAGCUUGGGCAGGAGGGCCGCUGCAUCGAUCGAUUCUCGCUCAUCGUCACGACGUGCGCUUCGCUCUUCCUCGCUUGCACCGAGACGCUCGUGUUCACCAAGCGGACCGAGCUCUGCACCAUGCGCGAACACAUGGUCCGCUUCACGAUCGAGAUCUGCCGCCGCCAGCACGGCGAGCACAGCGAGCAGGUCAUCCACUGGUACCAAGUCCUCAUCCAGCUGCUCGUCAGCAUCAAGGACCACGCGACAGUCAUCAUCGUAUACCGCGAGCUCUACCACAUCUUGCUGCACAACCACGGUCCGCGUCACCCGCGCACCAAACACGUUUGCAACGAGAUGGCCGGACUCGAGGUGGUUGUGCAUGGAGAAGAUACCGAGCUCAUCGACACGUACAUCAACUCGAUCCUCGAGACCGUCGACGAGCAGGAGGACGAGCACGAACACGAGGCGCACAUCCACGUACUUCUUCGCCUCGCACGCGGGUAUGCCAAGCACACGAUGCACUGGCACCACGCGUGCAGGCUCUACCUCACCGUCUGGCGUCGUCUCGGCGAAGUGUGUCGUCGUCAGUGGUCGCUGGAGAUGACGUUGCUCAAGAUCGACGUGUGCAUCGAGUAUGCCAAGCUUCUCCAUGCCCAUGGACGUGUCACCGAAGCACACGAUAUCCUCGUCGUGCUUUGGGCCGAGUUCCAACACGAUGACUGCAAAGAGUGGAAGAUCAUCUUGCGUCUCAAGCAGCUCGGUCUGGUUCUGCGCACCUUUGGACUGCUCUCGAUCUGCUACGAGAUCUUUACCAAGCUGUUUGGUUGGUUCAAAGGAUGCGGUCGACCUUACGACGAUGAAGCGCACGAGAUUACGGUGCUUGUCACCGAAGUCACCGAGGAGAUCGAGGAGGUGACACGCAAGACCAAGACCACCACAAAGGUCACCGUCACGGAGACCGUCACUCGCGAGGUGUUUGAGACGCACUACGAGCGCUGCAUUAGGACGAAGAAGGGCGACAAACACCUGUACAAGGCAUGCAUGCUUCUCAUCAACCUCUUGCUGGCCCAGCACAACUAUCACGAGGUCGAGGUGGUUAUCGUUCGCACCCUCGAGAUCGAAUGGUCCAGCUUCCUCGACAUCAACAUCGACAUCUCCAUCCCGGACGAGCACGUCGUCGAGCUGCUCGUGCUCGCCGGCAGGUACGCGCACUGCCAUCACAAGCGCGGCAACUUUGACAAGGCGGAAUGCUACUACCGUCGCAUCUGGCACGCCUGCCUGCGCAAGUUCGAGGUCCACCACGAGCACGUCACGCACGCCUUCUGGGCGCUCAUCGGCUUCUACGAGGAGCACUACCGGUACGACAAGGUGGUGGAGCUCUACCUCGACGUGCUGGUGCGCUACCGCAAGCACUGUGGGGCUACCCAUACGCUCACCAUCCAGCUGCUGUAUAGGCUCGGGCGCCUCUGCAAGAAGAUGGGGAGGCACGACUACAUUGACUACUACCUCGAGAUCGUCACCGUUCUUCAGGGUCACCACGGUCACUGUCAUCCCGAGGCUUGGGAGGCGGCGUGGGAGGUGUGUGGCUGGCGACACGAGCACGGCGAGUGGGAGUCGCUUGUGGAGAUCUGCGGAUCUCUCUGGCAGAUCUUUGUCCACGGUGGACACGAUCACGGUCACCACCACCAUGAGUUUUUCACCCCGGACAUCGUCCUCGUACUGUACGAGCGCUACACCAAGGGUCUCGAGGUGCAUGUCGGCUUGCACUUUGAGGAGCACUACAAGAUCACACUGGAGUUCCGCGACGUGGUGAAAGUGCGCUACGGCGUCGACCACUCGCUGCUCAUCAAGGCUCUCAUCGCCCUGGCCAAAGUGUGCGAGUACAAGGAGGAGCACCACCACGAGGCGGUCACGCUGUACGAGGAGGUCAUCACCCGCACUCGCACCGUCACGGUCGAGACGAUCACCGAGGAAGAGAUCACCGUGGUCAAGAAGCGACUCACCAAGGUGUACGUUCAGAUCAUCGAGAAGGGAGGUCACCACGGUCACCCCGACCUCGGAGACAAUGCACUGCGCGUGUGCAUGGAGGUCUACCUCAAGCUCAAGCUCGAGCUGGGUUGCUGGCACGAGCUGACGCUGGCUGCGUUCGAAAGGGUGGUGCUCAUUCACUUUGGUCUCGGUGGCGAGCAUCACCACGGUCGAAUGCUCGUGCUGAUGCAGACGAUCGUCAUCGAGAUGCUCGAGCAGUGCACCGAGUCGGUGCUCCUCUACAAGGCAGCUGUUCGCAUCUCCAAGAUCCUCAUCCGCGUCAAGCUGAAUGCGUGGGCGGAGAAGCUGCUCUGCAAGCUUCAUCACCUCGUCGUUCUGCCCGGCCUCCCCUGCGAACACGAGUUCGACCUCGAAUGGACUCAUCACGCUCACGGCGAAGACUCGCGAAAGAUCUCGCUCGUGUUCAUCGUCGCCUGCCUGCACAGGCUGGGACACUACGAGCAGCGAUCGUACUCGGAGGUCAUGGCAGCUGUUCUGCUCGAGAUGCAGCUGUACCGCUCGUUUGUGUACUUUGCCGGCAGGAAGUCGGUCGAUAUGGUGGUGUUGCUGCAGGCGGGUGCACGACUGCACUGCUUCUGGCACGCUAUGGGCCGUACUGCUCUGUGCGGUGCUAUUGUCGAGCAGAUGGUUGGGCACUUCCGUGCAUCCGAUCUGGGCAGCUGUUUGGGAGAGGAAGUCUCGGACGAAGUGGUUGUGGUGUUGCUCGAGACACUGCUAUCUCACACCGAUGGCGAGAAGCAAAUCGUCGACGUGGCGAAAGUCAUCUGCCACUCGGUCAACCACAAGGUCAAAUCGCUGCUCGAGGCGGGCGAAUUCGCCAUCGCGCACGAACUCGCCAAAUGCGCACUCAAGCUCGCGCGUCACCACCGCCACUACCACUCCCACAUCUCCUUGGGGUACAAGCUCGCCGAGUACAUGGCUGGGAUCGACGUCCCCGCCACGACCAGCAAGAAGCUCGGCAAGGCGAUGCGUCAAACUUCCCGGGCUAUUACGGACGAAGUGCUGUGCGCGCUGCGCGAGUCGAAAAUCGAACUGCUCUCGCUGCGGUUCGAGGACAUCCGCGGGCUGGUGCAUCUGCUCGGUGCCCAGUCGAACCACGUCGAGCUCGAACAGCUGCUGCUUCGGCUAUGGCGAUCCCGCGAGGUGCAGCGAACUUGGCGUCCCGAAACAGUGCUGUCCGUGGGGCACGCGCUUGUGCACGCCCACGUGGCUGCGGAGCACCUGGAGGAGGCUAUCGCGCUGUGCGACAGAAUGUGCUACAACCUGCGCCACUCGGGUGACGGGCUGGACGAAGAGGCGAUCGAAGCGAGUAGGAUGCUAGCCGGGCUGUACACGCUCGCGGGGAGACAUGGGAGGGCGAUGGGUGUGUACGAGGAGGUGCUGCGAGAGAUGGACGAGGAGGGAUCGGACGAGUUGUUUGGGAAGUGGGCGGGUGAGCAGUUGGAGCUGUUGAGGUGGGCGUACGGAAGGAACGGUGGGUUUGCUAACGGGAGGGAGACGUACAGGGAUCUGUUUGUUUCGUUGGCGGGACGUGGGCUGGACUGCAAGCACGAGGAGUGGGAGAUGAGCGGUGCGGGAGAGGUGGAAGGCGCGAAGGGGGGUUACAUCGCUCCGGACAAGUGGUAUCUCAUUCGCAUGCCGGAUGUCGUCGCCAGCGGGCCGGUCGACGCGCACCGUCACUCGCACGAGCAUCACAAGGACGGAAAGAACGACCUCAAGGCGCUCGUCACCGUUCGUUCCGCUGCUCGCAAGGGGAGGGACUCGCUGACGCGCAUCGCUUCGCGUCGUUCGCGUGGCUGCCAGCUCGCACCUGAGCUUGUUGUCGCUUGA